CCUUCCUUUUCCCCGUCAUCUGUUUUUUUGUUGUUGUUGUAGGAAUGUUUGCUCUGCUUUUGCUGCAGCUUCUGCAUGCGGGAUUUGGAUCGCCCGUCACAUCCCAGAGAAGCUUUGGGAUCGAUUAUGCCCACAACUGCUUCCUCAAGGAUGGGAAACCAUUCCGUUACAUCUCGGGCAGCAUCCAUUACUCCCGCGUACCCCGGUACUACUGGAAAGACCGCCUCUUGAAGAUGAAAAUGGCAGGUCUUGAUGCCAUUCAAACGUAUGUCCCGUGGAACUUUCACGAAGCUGAGCCAGGAGUUUACAACUUUGCUGGUGAUAGAGACCUUGAGAAUUUCCUCCAGCUUGCCGAUGAGAUUGGCUUGCUCGUCAUCCUGAGAGCUGGGCCAUAUAUAUGUGCAGAAUGGGACAUGGGAGGUCUACCUGCCUGGCUAUUAGAAAAAGAAUCCAUCGUCCUUAGAUCUUCUGAUGCAGAUUACUUGGCAGCUGUAGAAAGGUGGAUGGGGGUCUUACUACCAAAGGUGAAGGGUCAUCUUUACCAGAACGGAGGCCCAAUUAUUAUGGUGCAGGUUGAAAAUGAAUAUGGAAGCUACUUCGCCUGUGAUUUUGAUUACCUUCGUUACCUGCAAAGUCUUUUCCGUCAGCACCUGGGGGAUGAGGUGGUGCUGUUCACCACAGAUGGCGCAAGCAAGUUUUUCUUGAGAUGUGGGACUCUUCAAGGCCUUUAUUCCACUGUGGAUUUUGGACCAGGUGCUAAUGUCACAGCGUCAUUCUUAAAUCAAAGACACACUGAACCUAAUGGCCCCUUGGUCAAUUCUGAGUUCUACACUGGCUGGCUGGAUCAUUGGGGCCACAGUCAUUCAGUUAUAUCAUCAUCACUUGUAGCUAAGACUCUUAGUGAAAUUCUGGCACAUGGUGCCAAUGUAAACAUGUAUAUGUUUAUAGGAGGAACUAAUUUUGGUUAUUGGAAUGGAGCCAACAUGCCUUACGCAGCGCAACCUACUAGCUAUGAUUACGACGCCCCGCUGAGUGAAGCCGGAGAUCUCACGGAGAAGUACUUUGCUAUUAGGGAAGUCAUUGCCAUGUACAAGGCGGUACCACAGGGCCCUAUUCCUCCAUCGACCCCCAAGUUUGCCUAUGGAGAAGUUCCGCUGAAAAAGGUGGGAACCGUAAGGGAUCUUCUGAACGACCUUUCACCAUCGGGACCAAUUAAAAGCACCUACCCUUUGACAUUUGUUCAAGUGAAGCAGUACGUUGGGUAUGUAUUAUACAGAACUAAGCUACCAAGAAACUGUACUGAAGAACCGCUGUAUUCAUUACCUAAUGGAAUUCAUGAUCGUGCUUAUGUCGUUCUGGAUGGGAUUCCUCAGGGAGUCCUUGAAAGAAGAAGUCUCUUAAAGCUAAAUAUAACUGGGAACGCCGGAGCGCAUUUGGAUUUGCUGGUAGAAAACAUGGGCCGAGUAAAUUUUGGGAGAUUCAACAAUGACUUCAAGGGCUUGGUUUUGAAUAUAACUCUGGGCAAUGAGACACUCGCCGACUGGGAGAUAUACCCCCUGGACAUAGACAGAGCCGUGAGCCAGGGUCUCAAGAACGAGAGGUCUGGUGGAAAUAGAUCAAGCGAUGAAGAACCUUCUUUUUAUACUGGCAGUUUUUCUAUUCCUAGUGGAAUCCCUGACUUACCUCAGGAUACGUAUAUUGCAUUUCCUGGGUGGACAAAGGGACAAAUCUGGAUCAAUGGUUUUAACUUAGGACGCUAUUGGCCAACCCGUGGACCUCAACUAACACUGUUUGUUCCAAGCAACAUCCUUGUUUCAUCCUUUCUAAACAACAUUACAGUUCUGGAGUUGGAGAAGUCUCCAUGUGGCGCUCAGAAAUGUUUUGUAGAGUUUGUAGACAAACCCAUUCUCAAUGCAACUCUUCACUAUGAAAGCAGUACCGAGAAACUGUUCACUAAAGAUUUAUGGCCAAACGAUAUUUGAUUGUAUUACAAUGCCCCUUUACUUAGUUUAUUCUGCAGAUCCUUCAUUUCCAAUGCUAUUGGUUGUGGAGGGUGGAAAUCAGUGUUUUUAAAAUCAGUGGAAAGUGUCAAAUUUAAUUCAUUAUUUUUAAAGUGAGAAUAAUGCCUUUUUUAUCUGCAACAAAAAAUUAUUCCUAUGCAUGCCAAAGGGUUUCAACAAGCAAACAGGCAAUCAGUUUGUUUAAUAAAUUGUUGAACAC